UUCAUCAGACAUUUUUCCAUGCCAUCAACAUUCACGAUUUUGCAAGCCGUCAGAACAAGCUCAUUUUUUCUUUUGCCGACUUUUGUGCAGUCUUGCUUGUCACCACCACCUUCCGACGCUUACUCCUCCUCCUCCUCCUCCUCCUCCUCCUCCUCCUCCUCCUCCUCCUCCUCUUCUUCCCGCAAACUUCGUGCUACAGCAUGGCUAGAUGGCAUGCGAGGCAUUGCUGCGUUUCUGGUUUACAUCUAUCAUCUUUCCUACUCGACCCACGAUGUCNNUUUUACCGCCUGGGGGAAGNNUGGCGAGGAUGGCGGCACGAAUCGCGAGUUUUUGCGUCUACCUCUGAUACGCNNUUUUUUUUAUACCGGAGACGCCAUGGUGGCCAUUUUCUUUGCGCUUUCGGGGUACGCAUUGAGCUAUAAACCUGUCAAGUUGAUGGGACAAGGCAGAAUGGAAGAGGUGGGUCAAAGUCUGGGGUCGGCGGUGUUUCGACGCGUGUGGAGGUUAUAUGUGCCGUGUUUGGCGAGCACGUAUUGCGUGUUUGUGUUGCUGAGAUUGGGGAGGUAUGACGGGACGAGGGCGGUUGCGGGUGAUGUAGAGAGACUUUAUGGACAUAGGGAAGUUCAUCCCGUACGUGUGGGUUCGGUAGGGGAGCAGAUGGCGGCUUGGAUGUUUGGCUUUUGGAGGUUCGUGAAUCCGUUCGCUGGCAAGGGACAUGUGUAUGAUGGACAUUUGUGGACCAUCCCGCUCGAAUUUAGGGAUUCGAUACUGCUGUUUGUGACACAGUCGGGACUUUGUCGCUUGCGACCGCGAUACAGGAUACUUGUCCUGCUCUUGCUGAUUGCUUGCGCACACCAAGCCAAUGCUUGGGACAUGUUGCUCUUCUAUGGCGGCUUCCUGCUCGCCGAACUCGAUAUUCGCCGCAACAGCAUCACCACAUCAUCAUACAAUCCUUUGGACAACGGGCCCUCGCGCUCUCCACUCCAAAUCGCCUGGUCGGCUCUCUACAUUACCACUUUCCUGGCGGGCAUGUACCUCGGCGGCCAACCCAACAAAGGCGUCGACAAAGCUCCCGGCUGGCAGACUCUGAUCUCACUCAUCCCCGCACACAUCCACGCCUCGACACGCAGCCGGUACUGGGUAGGCUGGGGCGCAUUGCUGCUGGUCUGGGCAACCUCCAACUCUGCUUCCUUGCUCCAACGCCUCUUCACCAACCCCUUUUCCCAAUACAUGGGCAAGAUUUCCUUUUCUUUGUAUCUGGUGCAUGGGAUGGUCAUUCACACUUUACAUUACAGUUUGAUUGAUACACUGUGGACUGUGAUUGGCACAGAAACAUGGCUGAAAAGGGAAACUGCAUUUGUACUUUCCGGCGCAGUAGUCACAGUGGUGGUGGUUUGGGCUGCUGAUGUGUUUAUGCGGCUUGUGGAUGUGCCAUCGGUGAGAUUUGCGAGGUGGUUGGAAGACAAAUGUCAAGCCAAGAAGCAUGUAGUUAAGAAGAAGCCCGCGUACAUAGAGUCAAGCACAAUCGUGUAG